AUGGCAUCAGGUGGUUGUGACCCUCCUCUUCCACCUUCAGGAAAAUCAGAUAAUGAGAAGGGGAAGAAGAAAUCUUAUGUGGUGAAGUUGUUGUCUCGUUUAAAUAAUGCCAAUGUUUCAAGUACGCAGCCAUCUACACCUACCUCUACCUCUACACCUACCUCUACCUCCACUGGUAGAUCUGUUCCACCACCAUUUCAAGCUCCUAGCUUCACACCUACUCCACCAUUUAUUCCACCUUCAUUGGAAGUUCCUGCCUUCACACCUAGUCCAGAACAAGUUGUUGUUGAUCAAUGGACAUCACUCUCCCCCCAUGUUGGUUCUAACCCAACAACUCCCACAAAUAUUGCACCAUCACCUCGUACAGUAGAUGCAGGUCCACAUUCAAGUUCAGCCGCUAAUGAGUUUGAAGAUGUUUCCCACCCUCAUCCAAUCAUUACACCUGUUGAGGAGGAAUAUGGCAUAGGUGGUUGUGACCCUCCUCUUCCACCUUUAGGAAAAUCAGAUAAUGAGAAGGGGAAGAAGAAAUCUUAUGUGGUGAAGUUGUUGUCCCGUUUAAAUAAUGUCAAUGUUUCAAGUACGCAACCAUCUACACCUACCUCUACCUCUACACCUACCUCUACCUCCACUAGUAGAUCUGUUCCAUCACCAUUUCAAGUUCUUGGCUUCACACCUACUCCACCAUUUAUUCCACCUUCAUUGGAAGUUCCUGCCUUUACACCUAGUCCAGAACAAGUUGUUAUUGAUCAAUGGACAUCACUCUCCCCCCGUGUUGGUUCUAACCCAACAACUCCCACAAAUAUUUCACCAUCACCUCGUACAGUAGAUGUAGGUCCACAUUCAAGUUCAGCCGCUAAUGAGUUUGAAGAUGUUUCCCACUCUCGUCCAAUCAUUACACUUGUUGAGGAGGGUAACAAACAUUUUAGAUAA